AUGGCCUUUCUGGUGGCAAUUGCUUUGGAUCGAGAUAUACGCCUAAGCAAACACUGUUUAAGAUACCUGGACAUGUUUGCCGCAGGAUAUCCGCACUGCAAAAACGAUGAUCUUGUGCAAAAAAGUGCACGUCUCAAUCGGUUGUAUGCUAUAAGCUAUUUAUAUUUUGGCUGA